AUGCGGAAAGUCGGUAUUAAUGAGACACUUGGUCGACUCUGUUGUUCACCGACUACGGCGUCCAGAACCGUGUGCUAUUUCUUCUUUAAGGAUGACUUCCCAGAUCAAAAGAAUGUGGCCAGCGCGCUCUGCUGCAUACUUCGUCAGAUUUUUGUACAAAAACCCUCCUUGCUAUCUGAGGCAAUUUUGAAAAGGUUCAAUACUGGUGGGGAAACAUUCAACGCCUCAUUCAGCGAACUUUGGCAGAUAUUUCUUCAGGUAGUGCAGGACGAGAAUGCAGGCGAAAUUGUCUGUCUUCUCGACGCAAUCGACGAGUGUGAAGAUCAGAGUGACCAGGGGAGGUCCCAGCUUCUCAAAGCGCUAUGCGCGCUGUACGGUACUGAAAGGAGCUUUAAUGUUAAGUUCCUCAUCACCAGUCGGCCUUACGUGGAAAUCCAUCGUGGUCUUGAGCCUCUAGAUAUUCCGGGGUUACCGGUAAUUCACUUGAGCGGAGAAAGCGAAGAUGAGAUGAAGAAGAUUUCUCAAGAGAUUAAUGUCUAUAUCGGCGCCAGAGUUCAAGACAUAGGUCAGAGACUACAGCUGACACAAAACGAAUGCGGUCUUCUGUUGCAAAGACUUAUGCACGUCCCUAAUAGGACCUAUUUGUGGGUAUAUCUUACUCUGGAUCUGAUCGAGAGUAGCAUCAAUGUCACUGAAAAGAUGAUACUUGAGGCUACUUCGAACAUAUCUAAAACAAUCGACGAGGCCUAUGAGAGAAUACUUUCUAGAAGCUCCAAUACUAGGCAAGCUAGGAUAAUACUCCAUAUUAUUGUAGCAGCUGCACGACCCUUAACUGUCAAAGAAAUGAAUUUUGCGCUGGCGUCAAGUGAAACCCGCCAGCCGCACCCUGAUAUGGGGCUUGUGCCUGAUGAUCGUUUCCGCGAAAAUCUACGGAAUAUCUGUGGUCUCUGUAUCGUCAUCGUUGACUCAAAGGUUUAUCUACUUCACCAGACUGUGAAGGAAUUCUUAGUCAAGAGGAGUGUGACGCAGACCUUGCAGAGUGAAUCUGAUGACUAUGAAUGGAAGUAUUCAAUACAGCCACAAGAAUCUCAUAUUACUCUCGCAAAAAUUUGCAUUUGGCAUUUACUUGCGGGAUCACAGAUCUUGUACGAAUCAAGGUCGCAUGCGUGGAGAGCCUUUCUUGACUACUCCGCAAAAUAUUGGGUUUCACACUUCCGUGAGAUGGAUUGUGAAGCACAGUCAAUGUUGACAAAGUCAAUCCUGACAAUCUGCGACGGGAAUUCGUUUUGCUGCAAGACGUGGUUUGAUGUUCAUUGGUCCACCAUGCAGACAUACUACCCUCGAGGAUUCACUACUCUUAUGAUAGCAUCCUAUUUUGGACUCAAUUUUGCAGUUCAGAGCUUGCUUGAUAUGGAUGUCGACUUGAACGCCCAAGAUAAGACAUACGAACGGUCGGCGCUAUGCUGGGCUGUAAGGAAUGGCUUUCGGAUGGUUGCUGAGCUGCUCAUUAGUGGCCCUCGAAAAAAGCUAGGGAAUUUGAAAUUACCACUCAGGAAAGCAGCUAAGAUCGACCUGCAAGACAGUUAUGGUCGAACCCCAUUGACAUAUGCCAUUUGGAAUGGGGAUGUCGCUCUUGUCAAGUUGCUAUUGAAAGCGGGUGCAAACGUGCACUUGAAGGACAGACUGGGCAAAACACCAUUAUUCUACGCUUUUUGCAAUUCAGAUCGCGAAAUAAUUGAUCUAUUUGUCAAGAAGCAAAGGCCGAUUGAUGUUGAGAAUGAUAUUAACACACUACUGUUCUCUGCACUAGACAAUGGACAUGAAGAAGUUGUGAUGCAAUUGAUCAAGACAGGUAGAGCCAACCUCGAGGCGCGGAACAACUUCCACGAAACGAUUCUAAUACUCGCUACUCGCACAUCUUAUGAGGCAAUAGUGAAGAAGUUGCUUGAGGCGGGGGCAAACCCGAAUGCCAAGGACCGCCAUCGCGAUCCAGCUUUAUUUGCGGCUAUAUAUAGUCAAGAGGCAGCAGUCGAAUCCUUACUGGGCGCGGGAGCAGAUUCGGAUGCUCGAAAAAACGCUGGCUUCUCGUCUUUAAUACACGCCUCUAUUACUGGCAAUGCGGCAAAGCGAAACUUCUACUUGAUGCCCGAGCAGAUAUAA